UCUUUCACUGCAUGUUCUCGUCCCAAUUCUAAACCUCCCUCUGUGCACUGGCCUGAAGACAUGGUCACCUUCCUCAACCCUUCUCCUCCUCCUCCUCCUCUACCUGCCAAAAAACAGCGCCAUCACAGACAGCAUUUCCGCACCCUAGAAGAAAGGAAGUGGUACGGUAAGGGAGGUGGAGCUCAUUUGAGUGACACUCUUCCUCGGAAGAAGACCCAGCCCACCAUAACCCCACAGUUCACCUGUGCCACCCUUGGUCGUAACAUACCCUCUAAAUCCCAUCCACCUUUAGCUCAAAGCUCCAGCUGUGGGAGUGUGUUGAACCGAGCCCUUGCCAUCACCCCUAAAGAGACACACAUGGAUACACACCGCCUGCACAAGGGGCACAGUCAGCAGCACAUUGGCGAGGAGCACAGAAUGCGGUUAAGUGAUCUCGGUGGCCGUGCAUCCUCACAAACCAAUGUCUAUCUAGACUCUUUUGGUUACCAAGAUAACGGCCGUGCCUUUGAUACGCUCAGUGUGGACAGCUCAGACAGCAUGGAAACCAGCAUUUCUGCCUGUUCGCCCGACAAUGUCUCCAGCGCCAGCACCUCCAAUGUUUCCAAGAUGGAGGAGAUGGAACGUCUUCUCCGGGAAGCUCAGGCAGAGAAGCACCGGCUCUUGGAACACAGGGAGAGAGAGAUGGAGAAUAAAAGCAGGGCUCUUGAAGAGGAGAGGAGACGGCGAGAAGAGCUAGAAAAACGGCUACAAGAAGAAACCAGCAGGAGGCAGAAACUCAUUGAGAGAGAGGUGAAACUUCGUGAGAAACAGAGAGCACAGUCUCGUCCCCUCACGCGCUACCUACCCGUAAGAAAGGACGACUUCGACCUUCGUGGCCACAUCGACUCGGCCGGCCAUAACACAGAGACUUGUUACCACGUCUCCAUCACAGAGAAAACCUGCAGGGGCUUCCUCAUUAAGAUGGGCGGCAAAAUCAAAACCUGGAAGAAGCGCUGGUUUGUCUUCGACCGUAACCGCAGGACCUUAAGCUACUAUGCAGAUAAACACGAAGCCAAACUAAAAGGAGUGAUUUAUUUCCAGGCCAUAGAGGAAGUAUAUUACGACCACUUAAAGAGUGCACACAAGAGUCCAAACCCUUCACUUACGUUCAGUGUGAAGACUCAUGAUCGCGUCUACUACAUGGUGGCACCCUCUCCAGAAGCUAUGAGAAUAUGGAUGGACGUCAUCGUAACGGGGGCAGAGGGAUACACUCAGUUCAUGAUUUAGAUGUUUUAUGCUAGCAGAGAAGGAAUGAUAUGUGCAGUGUGUGGACUUAAAACUUCUGGACUUGAUCUGCACUCAUUCACAUGCUGGCUUCAGUACUGAUUCCCCCAAACGCUGAACUGAUCGUAUUAUUUUUGCAUUCGUAUCAGUUUUCCAAUCUCAAUCCACAGUAUUGAAGCUUUUCUCUUCACUACCUUUAUAUAUAUAUUUUUUAUGCAACAUGAACUUUUGCUUGGCGGCCCAGAAGAUGGAAUGGAACACAUAUCCUAUGAUUUUGUGUGUAUGUUUGUGUCUUUUGGUAUUUCGUCUGUCUGAUUGUGUGAAGAGAGAAAGACGUGUUAAAUGAUAUUUAGUGCCAGUGUGCCACGUUGUGUGUGGUCUGUUUGUUAUCUUGUGUACAGGGCCUCAGGGACACACACAUUAUAAUAUAAACAGCUGUCAGCUGUUGUGCCAAAGAUGAAAUGCACACUGACCACACGAUAUAGAGUUUAGAUGCAUUGCGUGUGUUGGUGUUUGCCAGUGCCUUCACUUCUAUAUUAUACUGAUAUAUGCUUUUAUACUCAACAUUCAGAUUAAUCAAAGGUGCUAUAAGACACGCAUGUGUGGCUAUUUUAACACUAAAGUUAUUCAUUACAAACUUCCGAAACACUAAAGCUGCUUGCCGUUCAGGUAUUACACAGGAUAAAACAUCCUCCGUUUAGAAUUAUACUACACAGAGACUAAGUUUUUAGUAUGUCUUAUAAUACUUGAUCAUUUUAUCAUCAUGCAUAUGUAACUUUUGCAUUUUUAUGAACUGUAUUAAAUGCUUUUGGCCCAUUUUUAGGCUAUGAUUACUUGUAUUUGGUUUGAUGUCAGCAGAAAAUGUAAAAUGUAUUUGAUCCCUAGAAUUAAGCUUCAGGUAAAGCCAGUACUACAAUACAACAUGUCCUUAUUGUCCUAGUUUGUGUGGUUUUAUUAGUUCAAGUCCAAUCAGACUGAAUUUGAUGUGUAAUUUCAUUACCACCAGCAGGAGGCGACAGCCAUGCUGAAAACGUUAUCCAUAAGCUUUUAUCUGUGAGUUAACCAGUAGUCUGUUUUGAAUAUUGUUAAUACCCAUUUGAGAUGUAUAUUUAUACUCUUGUUUACCAUGCAUGCAUCUUUAUUUUUGCAUAUGUAUAUUGUUUAUGAUCUCUGUCUACUUGAUAAACCUUUGAAUAUGU